CAGGCGCCAUAUUGGAAAUAUUAAAAAUUUCUGCAAAAGAUAAAAUCGCACCAACUUUUGCGAAAUAUAUACUUAAUUGUUGCUUGGUUUGGUACCAAAACAAAUUCAAAAUGUCUGUUAGUCUAGAAGAAUACUUCAGGACAACUUUCGAGGAUAAACUCCUCGUAAAGAUGCCUGAAAGGGAAGAUGACCACCUGACGCCCGCCACACGACUCUUGGAGAAGCGACGUGAAAUGUCAGAGGUGGAACAGGCCCUAGCUGCCCAGAAAGAGGAGUUCCAGAUGAAGAUGGAAAGUUUACAACAAAGAAGAGAGGAAUUGGAGAGAAAAGAAUUCCAACUGAAAGAAUCAUUGCUCAAAUUUGACAAAUUCUUAAAGGAGAAUGACUCUAAGAGGGCAAGGGCUGUUAAGAAGGCAAAUGAUGAGAGGGACCUCAAACGAGUAAAAGAUAGAGAGAUUGGCAGGCUAUUUGAUGAAACGGGCACAUUUGCGGGCCAAAAACAAAAGCUACAUGACAGACUGGAAAAGCAUGCUAUGUUUCAUAAAUACCUAGAGAAGGUUUUAGAGUCAGCGGAGGAAUUUCACGAAAUUCGGGAAGUUAUAGCCAGAUAUGAUACACUUGUUGCAACUCACAAGGACCUCUUAGAAAAAGAUCAUGAAAACCAGGAUUUAAUAGAAGACCAAAAACAGGAAUUUUCACACUUUAUGGAGAACAAGCACAAUCAGAUUCUAGGCUAUAAUAACCAAUUGUCAGGUCUACAAACACGUUUAGAUAGAGCACAAAGUGAGGCUGUGAAAUGGGAAGCUGUGUGGACACAUAUCAAAAAUACAGCUGCCAAGAAAACUUUACUCCUAGGCAGAAUAAAAAUGGCAUCACAUAAUUUAUACCAACUUGUGAAUAGGCAACAGAAAGGUCCAAGUACACAGUCUGAAGAUACUGCAGAACAAUUACAAAAAAUCCAGAUAUUCAUCCAAGAUCUCUCACAGAUUACCUCAGAUAUCAAGCGAUCGGAGCAUAUGGGGACAUCAGUGGCUGGUGGUACAUCUAGUGGAUAGAGGGCGU